AUGGCCGAGGCACGUUUAUCGGACAAGGAGCUGUUCGAGCUCAAUGCAAAGGCUGCUGUGAAGAAUUAUAAUGUCGACCCCCGUCUUGAUUACCGUACGGUGUCGGCUAUCAAUGGGCCCCUGGUAGUGCUGGAGAAUGUCAAGUUCCCGUCGUACAAUGAGAUUGUGUCGCUCACUCUGCCGGACGGAUCGCACCGUGGUGGUCAGGUCCUGGAAGUGUCGGGCAACAAGGCGAUUGUCCAAGUGUUCGAGGGCACAUCGGGUAUCGAUGUGAAGGAGACACAUAUUGAGCUGACCAAGUCGUCGAUGAAACUGCCCGUGUCGGAAGACAUGCUGGGUCGUGUGUUUAACGGUUCGGGUGCGCCUGUCGACAAGGGUCCGCGCGUGUUUGCGGAGGACUACUUGGACAUCAACGGUUCGCCGAUCAACCCGUAUUCGCGUGCGUACCCCGAGGAGAUGAUCCAGACGGGUAUUUCCACGAUCGACACUAUGAACUCGAUCGCUCGUGGUCAAAAGAUCCCUAUUUUCUCGGCGUCCGGUCUGCCUCACAACGAGAUUGCCGCGCAGAUCUGCCGUCAAGCUGGCCUGGUCAAGAAGCCUGGCAAGGGUGUGCACGACGACCACGAGGACAACUUCAGUAUCGUGUUCGCCGCGAUGGGUGUCAACAUGGAGACCGCGCGCUUCUUCAAGCAAGACUUUGAGGAGAAUGGUUCGCUGGACCGUGUGACGCUCUUCCUGAACUUGGCCAACGACCCUACGAUUGAGCGUAUCAUUACGCCGCGUCUUGCGCUGACUACGGCGGAGUACUUCGCCUACCAGCUGGAGAAGCACGUGUUGGUCGUGCUGACGGACAUGACGUCGUACGCUGAUGCGCUGCGUGAGGUGUCGGCCGCGCGUGAGGAAGUGCCGGGUCGUCGUGGUUACCCGGGUUACAUGUAUACGGACUUGUCGACCAUUUACGAGCGUGCUGGUCGUGUGGCUGGCCGUAACGGUUCGAUUACGCAGAUCCCGAUUCUGACCAUGCCGAACGAUGAUAUGACACACCCUAUUCCUGACUUGACAGGUUAUAUUACCGAGGGUCAGAUCUACGUCGACCGUCACUUGCACAACCGUCAGGUGUACCCGCCGAUCAACGUGCUCCCGUCGUUGUCGCGUCUGAUGAAAAGCGCUAUUGGUGCAAAGCACACGCGUGCCGACCACAGUGAUGUGUCGAACCAGAUGUACGCUGCCUACGCUACGGGCCGUGACGCUGCCUCGAUGAAGGCUGUCGUCGGUGAGGAGGCGCUGAGCCAGGAAGACAAGCUUACGCUCGAGUUCAUGGAACGCUUCGAGAAGGAGUUUGUCACGCAGGGUGCCUACGAAACACGUACGAUCUUCGACUCGCUCGACAUCGGUUGGUCGCUCUUGCGUAUCAUGCCGAAGGAGAUGCUCAACCGUAUCAGCCCGAAGAUCAUCAAGGAGUACUACUCCCGCAAGACAUCCAAGCCAAAUGAGGAAGAGUCUGAGUCGGCCAACAAGCCGAGCUUGAUUGAUCAGGAGGCAUAA